AGGGGACGGAGUGAGGGCCAGUAUCGGGCAAAUUACUUUCGCUGUCUCUUGGCAGUUGGCAGUGCACCUACAGAAAAGGCGUGUAACACACCUCCUUGUUGAAGGCUUGUUAGUUCCUAUUACAUUUGCAGUCGCUACAUAACGCAGUGUACGAUUGACGGACACCCAAAUCUGUUUAAGUCGUGCUUGUGAUAUCUUCGUUAUAUUGAUGUGAACUAAUUUGUUAAUAUGGUUGCUAAUGCUGAGUGGUUAUUAGUGAUAGGAAUCACAGCGUUGCAAUUUUCUGUGUCUAGAACACAGCGCGAAAACUCAGUCCGAGACGAGCCAGAGAAGCGACCACAAUCAGUCAGAGAUCUGUUCAAGACCGGCUCCUGUAUUCCCCCGCCGUAUCGAUGUCCACACCCUCAGAUGCAGUUCUAUCUUUACACGCGAACAACUCAGGAAAAAGGUGAACUCCUGAACACGCUAGAUAAUGAAUCACUUACAAAUUCCAAAUUUAAUACGAAACAUCCAACUAAAGUUGUUGUUCAUGGUUUUGGAGGAGGAAGGAAUUUGUCACCAAGUACUGACAUGAGGAAGGCGUACUUCACAAGGGGAAAUUAUAACAUUAUCAUAGUGGACUACGGAUCUCUGGUCAAGGAGCCAUGUCUUGGUCAGAUAGAGUGGGCUCCUCGAUUCGCAAGCCUCUGUAUCUCGCAGUUGAUUGAAUACCUACAAUACCACCCCGUUAAAGCUGUUCCUCCGGAGAGGAUUCACACCAUAGGAUACAGUGUCGGAGCGCAUAUAUUGGGCCUUGUUGCUAAUCAUAUAUCUGAAGGAAAACUUGGGAGGAUAACUGGUUUGGAUCCCACUAUAUUUUUCUACAUGGGUAACAACCGCUCCCGAGACCUGGACUACACAGAUGCGUUGUUCGUGGACAUCCUCCACACCGGAGCUGGUAUACUGGGUCAGUGGGGUCCCAACGGACACGCAGACUUCUACGUCAACGGAGGCUCCAGUCAACCUGGCUGCGCUCACGACACCAUAUUUCAAACGCUGUCUUGCGACCACACUAAGGUGACACCUUACUUUAUAGAGUCAAUAAACAGCCGAGAUGGCUUCUGGGCUGGGCCAUGUCCGAACUUGUUCUCGUAUCUGAUUGGCUGGUGUGAGCCCAAGGAUACCGACUACGUGUUGAUGGGAGAACAUUUAACACCCAACGCUCGAGGAGUUUUCUACGUCACAACAAACGCAAAACCACCCUACGCCAGAGGAUUCCCGGGAAAAACAAGAAAUCUUAGAUCAAUAAGACCGUAUAGUUGAUACAAACAUAACUUGUAUGUGUUUGACAUAAAACCCGUAGUUACCGUUACCCUACCUCAAGUGAACUGUGCUCAUAACACAUAUUAGUAGGCCAAUGCUUAGAUAAUAUAAUUAAAUACCAAGGUUAAGGUAAGGUUUUAAUCUCAUCAGUGAGCUUAUAGUUAACUGUGACUAUCAUAAUAGAUCACAUUGGUAGUAGUGAAACAGGUCUGCACUGAACUGUACUAAAGCCGCGUUACAAAUCAUAACCAUUACUAUAUGUAAUGAUUUGAUCCACUGACCUGUAUAAAUACCACUGGACAGACUUUUCCAUAUUAUGUUUGACAGCAAUUUUUUUGUGCCUAUUUGAAGCACCACUCGCGAGCGUCCAGAGAACUAAUUUUGACGUAUAAUACAAAUUGCUGCGAAGGAACGUACAAUACUCUGAAGAAUUUUUGCAUUUUGAAUUAAUUUCAUUCGUUUUUCGUGUUAUUUAUGCUUCAAGAAUCAACUUAAUAAAGUACACAUUUUUUUUGUAAAUAGUUUCCCACCAUCUAUCGAUGUUUGCUGAGGUUGUCAUCACUAGUUUUAGUAUCGCAGACUCUCGCUACAUGGCUAACAGCGCCAAAAUGGCGAAUAUCAAACAGGCACAAAAGUACUUUGACAGCCGCCAGUCCAGUAGUAUAUAAUAGAAGUCAGUGAUUUUAUCUGAUAAAAAAUUGUGACGUUUUGUCAAUUUGACAGAUGGGGAGUGUAAUUUCCAUAGAGAUUAUCAAAAUAAUAUAUCAUAUACUCAUUUCAUACGAACCCUUUAGAGAAUAAAGAUUUAGGAGCUAGAUGUGAGCUGCCGGGGUGCUUUGUUCCUUUUCAUGGGAAUGGUCAAUGACGAACAGUUCCAUUCUUGUGUACAAUAAUAAUACAUGAUGGAGCACGGUGUCAGACCUACAAUAAACUAACGUAUAUACAAAUAGAUCAUUCGAGAGAGAAGAACAUCUCUAAUAGAGAUACACCAAGAGAGAAAAGUAACCGAAUUCGAUUAACAAAUCGUAAACAGUCAGCCACGCUUGGAAUUAGUUCCUUAGUAUUUUGAAUAUUAAAUUAGCUAACGCUCACACUAUCGGUCUGUAAGGUCGUUUAUACGUUAGUAUAUUGUACCCAACUCACUAUUUUCACGUAGAUCCGCAAUGCGCUCCAUUAUGACUACUUUCCCUAUUAAAGUAGUGAUUCACACCUACCAGAUAAGAUUGUGGCUCUUAACUGCAUUGGUUUUGAAGUAACAUUGAGUAUGUGAUUUUAGCGGUGACCUAAAAUAAGCUAGAUUUAAGUAAUAAAAAAACUGCCAUUGUACUUUUAUUUCGAUACUUUUGUUUCUUUUAUGUGAUAUUAAUUUACCUUAUAUAAUUUAUUGUAUUAUUGUAGAUAUCAGAUAAAGGGGUGUAAGGGAAUAUAAAAAUUUGAAAAGAA